CUGGCCCCACGCUGGUCACAUGCCAUGUGGCGCUUCAGCGGUCGGCGGGGACUCUGCGCUGUACAGCGACUGAGCUGCGGCAGGGUACACCACAGAGUAUGGAGGGAGAAGAGUGGCCAAGCCUGUGAACGAGCUCUACAGUAUAAAGUGGGGGAGAAAAUCCACGGGUUCACUGUAAACCAGGUCACUCCUGUCCCCGAGCUGUUCCUGACAGCCGUGAAGCUCAGCCAUGACAACACGGGAGCCAGAUACCUGCACCUGGCAAGGGAAGACAAGAAUAACUUAUUCAGUGUGCAGUUCCGCACAACCCCAAUGGAUAGCACUGGGGUCCCCCAUGUUCUCGAGCAUACUGUCCUCUGCGGCUCUCAGAAGUACCCAUGCAGAGAUCCUUUCUUCAAAAUGCUCAACAGGUCACUGUCCACAUUUAUGAAUGCCAUGACAGCCAGCGAUUACACGAUAUAUCCGUUUUCCACUCAAAAUCCCAAAGAUUUUCAGAACCUCCUCUCGGUGUAUUUGGAUGCCACUUUCUUCCCCUGCUUGAGGGAACUGGACUUCUGGCAGGAAGGAUGGCGUCUAGAGCAUGAGAAUCCCAGCGACCCUCAGACGCCCUUGAUCUUUAAGGGGGUCGUCUUUAACGAGAUGAAAGGGGCAUUUACAGACAAUGAGAGGAUAUUCUCCCAGCACCUCCAGAACAAGCUGCUUCCUGACCACACCUACUCCGUGGUUUCUGGAGGGGACCCACUGUGCAUCCCGGAGCUCACGUGGGAGCAGCUGAAACAGUUCCAUGCUACUCAUUAUCACCCAAGCAAUGCCAGGUUCUUCACUUACGGCAAUUUUCAGCUGGAAGGACACCUGAAGCAAAUUCACGAAGAAGCCCUGAGUAAAUUCCAGAGAUUGGAGCAGAGUACAGCGGUGCCUGCCCAGCCGCACUGGGACAAGCCUAGGGAAUUCCAUAUAACAUGUGGCCCAGAUUCACUAGCUACGGAGACUGCCAAGCAGACAACUGUCAGCGUUAGCUUCCUCUUACCAGAUAUCACUGACACAUUUGAAGCCUUCACCUUGAGCCUUCUGUCUUCCCUCCUGAUUUCUGGACCCAACUCCCCCUUCUACAAAGCUUUGAUUGAGUCUGGACUCGGCACAGACUUUUCUCCUGAUGUUGGAUAUAAUGGCUAUACACGGGAGGCUUACUUCAGUGUCGGGCUUCAAGGGAUCGCAGAGAAAGAUGUCAAGACGGUCAGAGAGCUCGUGGACAGGACAAUUGAAGAAGUUAUAACCAGAGUGAAAGGAUUUGAAGAUGAUCGAAUUGAAGCUCUGCUUCAUAAAAUCGAAAUUCAAACGAAGCAUCAGUCAGCCAGCUUUGGCCUGACCCUGACGUCAUAUAUAGCUUCUUGCUGGAACCAUGAUGGGGACCCCGUGGAGCUCCUGCAGAUUGGAAGUCAGCUGACUAGAUUUAGGAAGUGCCUUAAGGAAAAUCCAAAAUUUUUACAAGAAAAAGUAGAACAAUAUUUUAAGAAGAAUCAGCACAAGCUGACUUUAUCCAUGAAGCCAGACGACAAGUAUUAUGAAAAGCAAACUCAGAUGGAGACAGAAAAGCUGGAGCAAAAGGUGAAUUCUCUCUCCCCGGCGGACAAGCAGCAGAUCUACGAGAAAGGUUUAGAACUACAGACGCAGCAAAGUAAACAUCAGGAUGCCUCCUGCCUCCCAGCAUUGAAAGUCUCGGACAUUGAGCCCUCCAUGCCUUUCACCAAGCUUGACAUCGGCCUUGCAGCUGGAGACAUCCCUGUGCAGUACUGCCCACAGCCCACCAACGGCAUGGUGUAUUUCCGAGCCUUUUCCAGUUUAAACACACUGCCAGAGGACCUGAGGCCCAUUGUGCCUCUCUUUUGCAGCGUGCUGACCAAGUUAGGUUGUGGCAUCCUUAACUACAGAGAGCAAGCCCAACAGAUUGAGCUCAAGACAGGAGGCAUGAGUGUCACGCCCCAUGUGCUCCCUGACGACUCACAGCUGGAUACCUACGAGCAGGGUGUGUUAUUUUCAUCUCUCUGCCUGGAGCGGAACCUGCCAGACAUGAUGCAUCUGUGGAGCGAAAUAUUUAACAAUCCAUGCUUUGAAGAAGAAGAACACUUCAAAGUGUUGGUGAAGAUGACUGCUCAGGAGCUCUCCAAUGGAAUUUCAGACUCGGGCCAUCUCUAUGCAGCCCUCAGAGCAAGCAAGACACUGACACCUUCAGGGGACUUGCAGGAGACCUUCAGUGGGAUGGAUCAGGUGAAGGUGAUGAAAAGAAUUGCAGACAUGACAGACAUCAAGCCCAUCCUGAGAAAACUGCCCCGGAUCAAGAAGUAUCUACUAAACUGUGAUAACAUGAGAUGCUCAGUGAAUGCCACCCCUCAGCAGAUGCCUCAGGCAGAGAAAGAGGUGGAAAACUUCCUUAGAAAUGUUGGCCGAAGCAAAAAGGAACGGAAGCCUGUCCGCCCGCAUAUUGUCGAGAAACCCACACCCAGUGGCCCCAGUGGAGCUGCACAUGUCAGUGGGUCCCAGAUCGUCAGAAAAUUGGUGACAGACCCCACCUUCAAACCCUGCCAGAUGAAGACACAUUUCGUGCUGCCCUUCCCUGUGAAUUACAUUGGCGAGUGUGUCAGAACUGUACCGUAUGCUGAUCCAGACCAUGCCAGCCUUAAGAUCCUUGCCCGUUUAAUGACAGCUAAAUUCUUGCAUACAGAAAUUCGAGAGAAGGGGGGUGCUUAUGGUGGCGGUGCUAAACUCACCCACAGUGGGAUUUUCACGCUUUACUCUUACAGGGAUCCCAAUUCCAUAGAAACACUACAGUCUUUUGGGAAAGCUGUAGACUGGGCUAAAUCUGGAAAGUUCACACAGCAGGACAUUGAUGAAGCCAAGCUGUCUGUCUUCUCUGCUGUGGAUUCUCCCGUUGCUCCAUCCGAGAAAGGAAUGGACCACUUCUUGUAUGGCCUCUCCGAUGAGAUGAAGCAGGCAUACCGAGAACAGCUCUUUGCUGUCAACCACGACAAACUGACCUCUGUGAGCCAUAAAUACCUUGGCAUCGGCAAGAGCACACACGGCCUGGCUAUCCUCGGACCAGAGAACUCAAAAAUUGCCAAAGACCCAUCAUGGAUCAUAAAAUAAUGAGUGUCACCUAUCUUUGAGUAUGUGUAAGAAACCAGAGGCUCUUAACAGCUGAGCCUCUGAGCUAAAUUUAAUGCAGAUGAUCACGAGAGUUACUAGUUUCUUUGUUCGGGAAAUCAUAGUUAGCCAUAUAAAAACCAACCAAAGGUGUUUAUUGACUAGAAAAAAAAAAAAAAGGAAAUUCUGUGACCAUGAGGAAAUCAUUAAUCAUGCAUUAAAUGACAACAGUGAGCACAUUAAACUUCUGAAACAGUACCAAGGCUAGAACAUGGAUUUUAAAUAUAAAAGCCAACUCCAACCUG